CGAGGUCCAUGUAAAAUUUUGAUGUAUAGCACAUUUGAGAUUAAUUGUUGUGAAAUUGUUGUACUAGAAGUGGAAGGCCUAAACGCCCUUGUAAUUGGCUAACGCCGAACGGUUGCAUCAAAAUUUUAUUAUGAUAAAAAAUGAAGAAAUAUGGUCUACAGCUUAGGGUUCAACCCUCACAGCAGAAAAAGCCGGAGACAAGACCGCCUCUCCCUCCUCCUCUCGGCUUCCGCGACGACGAUGACGACGACGUGGAGAGAGAGAUUUCUCGGCAGGCUAGCAAGAACAAAUCUCUGAAGGAUAUGGAGGAGCAACAUAAGAAAGCGUUAGAGGAAGAUCCUUCAGUAUUUGAUUAUGAUGGAGUUUACGAUGAGAUGAAAGAGAAGGUUGUUCGUCCCCGCGCUCAAGAUCGCGAGGAACGAAAGCCGAAAUAUAUUCAUAAUUUAAUAAAAAAAGCGGAGCAACGAAAGUGGGAGCAGGAGAUAGUAUAUGAGAGGAAGCUUGCAAAAGAGAGAAGUAAAGAGGAUCACCUUUAUGCGGACAAGGAUAAGUUUGUGACCAGUGCCUACAAGAAAAAACUUGCUGAGCAGGCAAAAUGGAUGGAGGAGGAGCGCUUACGUCAACUUCAAGAGGAGAAAGAUGAUGUUACCAAGAAGAGUGACUUGAGUGAUUUUUACUUCAGCCUUCGUAAAAAUGUUGCAUUUGGGGCGAAUGAUGCUGGGCCAAGGAAGCCAGAAAUGCAGAAUGAAUUAAGGAAAUCUGAGAAGAAAGAUGAGAAAGAGAUAGAUGUAUCCAACAGAGUUCAGCCGUUGCUUGAUUCAAAUGCUCCAGAGUCUUCUGGUUUGACUGAUCGGACUCUGGAUGAAACAAGUUUUCCAGUAAACCGUGAGUCCCAAGAUUCUAGGCCGAUCAGUCCCAAGAUUCCAGACACCGCAGCGCCAGAGAGCUCGUCAGAGAAACAACCAUCAGUUGAUCAACCUAAGCGUGACCAUCAUAAAAGAGGUGAAGUUGCAGUUGCUGCAGCUAGAGAACGUUUUCUGGCACGCAAGAGGGCUAAAGAACAAUGAUUGGUUUCCUCUCUCCAAAGAGGGAUUCACAAAUUACAAUGGUGAGAGACUAAAGACUUUUUUUGUUGUAUAAUGCGAAUCAAGAAAUUACUUUUAAGAAAACUUUCAUUUUGUUCUCAUUGAAUUUUAAAUUGCAUCUCAGUUUAGAAUUAGCGUUAAUUGUUACAUAAUUAGCAAAUUUCCUAAGAAA